UAAAUUUUGUACUAAUUAUAAUUAUAAUUAUAAAUAUAAUAAUAAUAAUAAUAAUAAUCAACAGGGAAUUAAUAUAAGAUGUCAAAGAUUCAAGGAAAACAAUAUUCUUGGACAGAAAUUGCCAAACACAACACUGAAAAUGAUUGUUGGGUUGCAGUUGAUGGUAAAGUUUAUGAUAUUUCAAAAUGGGUUUCACAACAUCCAGGUGGUAAAGAAGUUUUAAUGUUAGGCGCAGGUAGAGAUGUUACAAAUUUAUUUGAAAGUUAUCAUCCAAUGUCAGAUAAACCAUCAGCAAUUUUAAAGAACUACGAAAUUGGUUUUAUUUCAUCAUACGAACAUCCAAGAUAUGUUCAAAAAUCAGAUUUCUACAAAACCUUAAAAGAUCGUGUUAGAAAACACUUCAAAACAACUGAUCAAGAUCCACAAAAAGCAGUUGCCAUCUUUUCACGUUUAGCUUUAGUUUAUGUUUUAAUUAUUUGUUCCUAUAUUCUUGCACAUUACACCACCAACAAUUUUUACCUUAAUUGUUUCUUUGCUGUUCUCUAUGCUCUUGCUAAUUCACUCUUUAGUAUGCAUAUGAUGCACGACUCAUGUCACGCUGCUGUUUCACAUUCACCAACCGUUUGGAAAUGGAUGGGUGCCUCAUUCGACUUUUUCACUGGUGCAUCAUUCUAUGCCUGGUGUCAUCAACACGUUAUUGGUCAUCAUCUCUACACUAAUAUUAGAAAUGCUGAUCCAGAUCUUGGUCAAGGUGAAAUUGAUUUCCGUAUUGUUACCCCAUACCAAACUCGUGCCUGGUACCACAAAUACCAACAUAUUUAUGCCCCAAUCCUUUAUGGUCUCUACACUUACAAAUAUCGUCUUCAAGAUUAUGAAGCUUUCCUUAAAGGUGGUAAAAAUGGUGCUAUCAGAACAUCACCAGCCAGUACUUUUGAUUUAGCCGCUUACGUUAUUGGUAAAAUCUCAUUCAUUUUCUUCCGUUUCAUUUUACCACUUCGUUAUCACAAUUUAUUCGACUUAUUAGUCUACUUUGUUAUCUGUGAAACUAUUUUCGGUUGGUAUCUCACUAUUAAUUUCCAAGUUUCACACGUUGCUGAAGAUCUUAAAUUCUAUGGUACCCCAGAACAACCAGAUGAACCAGCACAAAUCAAUGAAGAUUGGGCUAUUCUUCAAAUUAAAACUACUCAAGAUUAUGGUCACGGCUCUGUACUCUGUACCUUCUUCUCUGGUGGUCUUAAUCACCAAGUUGUACAUCAUUUAUUCCCAUCAAUUUGUCAAGAUUUCUAUCCACAAUUAGUUCCAAUUCUUAAAGACGUUUGCAAAGAAUAUAAUCUUACUUAUCACAUUAAACCAACUUUUACUGAAGCAAUUACUUCACAUAUCAACUAUUUAUACAAAAUGGGUAAUGAUCCAGAUUAUGUCAAAAAACCAAUGGCCUCAAAAGAUAAUUAAAAUUUUCAAAUAUUUUUUUUAAAACCUGUAUCACAACGAUUUGUUGUAAUAUAACAAUAAAAAGAAAAAAUUAUUUAUUAUAUUGAUCAAAAAAAAAAAAAAUUAAUGAUCUAAUAUAAACAAUUCAAAAGAUAAAAUACCAU